AUGAUGGUGGUGCCAUGGCUUACAAUGGGUCAGUUACCAUAUCAACAUCCCGGUCAAUAUGGUCCAGCUGUUAAUAGUGAUAUGUAUCAACAACAGCAUCAUCAAAUGCAACAACAACCACAGCUGCCAAUCCAUCAACAACAACAACAGCAGCAGCAGCAGCAACAACAACAUCUUCAGCAGCCACAGCAGCAGCCGCCGCAACCGCAACCGCAACAACAACAGAAUCAGCAACAGCAGCAACAACAGCUUCCGAUUCAUCAACAGCAGCAGCAGCAGCAACAACAACAACAACAACAACAACAACAACAGCUUCCAAUGUAUCAACAGCAAUAUUAUCAAGGAAAUAUGCAAGGUCCUCAAAUACAAUCUCCUCAAUUAGGUCAACCACCACCACUUGCUAAUCAAUUUCAACAACCUACAAAUGACCAUCCAGCUGCUCAACCACUUUCACCUCCGUCUGGGUCCAGCGAACAAUAUUUAGUUGGAAAUCUAUCUCAACCAUUUACAUUUCUAGUUGCACCACCAUCAAUAAGAGUAACUCAUUUAGGUUUGAAUGGUUAUUCAUUAUAUAUAAUUGGGGUUGGUUUUUCAAAUAAAUCGAAAUUUAAUUAUGACGAACAAAAUAAUCGUUUAACUAUUCUUUCACUCGAUCAAACAACAGUUGGUUAUUAUACAGCUGUUGAUGCUAAUUGGCAAACAUUUGUGAAUGUACUUAGUGCUAUUAAUGUAUCUUCUCUUCAAAUUCACAAUUCGCAUGCUAGCGAAGAUAAUAAUGGUUCAUCACUUGUUGCUUGUUCUGUCUCAAUCAUUCGUUCAACAUUUAAACUAGCUGAUCCACCUUCAUCAUCAAAUAAUCUAGCUAUUAUACCUCCAUCAUCUUUAUCCUUACCAUCAAGAUCAUCAUCAUCAACUUUAUCUGGUACGGAAAACUUACCUCGACUUGAUUUGUUUUUAUCAACACGAACAUUAUCAUCAUCAAUAUUACCAAAUGCUAAAAAUUAUAAUGAUACAUUAAAUGAACAAAUAUUUACACGAACAAUUAUACUUCAACGUCCAUUAACACGUGCUGAUCAUAAUGGAACAAUACAAUGUCAAGUCGAAUCAAAUAAUAAUAUUGAUGUUUUUCUUAUUAAAACAGUCCCAAUUGAAAUUGAUUAUGGACCAAAUUUAGAAGCGGGUGCUUUACCAACUGUUAGUUUAGACAGUGAAGUAUUAAAAAUGAUCUCAAUGGACUGUCAGAUAGAAGCAAAUCCACCUCCAUCAUAUGUUUGGUAUGAAAUGUCAAAUACUACAUCAUCAGGAAUGAUGCCAUAUUAUGGACAACAGAAUCCCUACGGACAGCAAUAUCCAUUACAACCACAAUCAAAUAUUCCAACAGCUGCUUUGAAUGUAUUUGGUACAACGAGACAAAUACAAAGAAUCUAUCAAAAUCCAGGACAACAUGCUAUGCAAUGUCAGGCACAAUCAGGAGGAAAAACAGUUAAACAACAAUUUCUGAUUAUGGUUCAUCCUCCAUCGGGUACAUUGAAAGAAGGUUCAGUUGCAGAUGGAAAUCGAGGAAAAUCUUAUAAAGUUCCAAUGAUAAUUGGAUUAACUAUUGGUGGUAUUUUACUUCUAUUACUUGUUGCUAUUAUAAUUGCUGCUAUUAUAUUUCUAAAACGUCGUAAAGCAAAUGCAAAUGACAAACAUUCAUCAAGUGAAAAAAUAUCAAACGAUAAACAAGGAGGAACUGCUUGGGGUCC